UGGAGCUCAGCUCGGCAUCAAUCGGUGCCGCCACUCGAUGUGUUAAUUUAUAAACACGCUAUAUCUCUGGGAGGACUACGAUAAUGAUGUCGAAACGAUCGUGGGUGUGGCAGCAUUUUAAACUUAUAAGUGAUAAUCUUUCCAUGUGUAAUAUAUGUCACAAAAUGUUUAAAGCGGGAAGAUCGACGACGCCGAUGAUCCGUCAUAUGAAAACGGCACAUGGGCUUGAAAAUUCAGAAUCCGAGACGGGCCCGAAUUCAUCAACUUCGUUCUUGUUGUCGUCGCCGUUGUCGUUAUUACAUGUACCACCUGCACCGCUGUAUGCUGAUACAGAUGACAAGAAAUUAAAAUUGGACAAGGCACUUGUUGAUGUAGUCGUUAAGGAUUUGCAGCCAUUUAGUAUUGUGGAGGAUGAGGGCUUUCGAGCCUAUACUAAAAAUCUGGAUCCAGAAUAUAAUCUCCCCAAUAGGAAACUGUUAAAGAAGAUGGUGGAGAACGCGUACGAAAAAAAGAAACAGCAGGUGCAACAAGAAUUAAACGAGGCACUGCAAUUUCUUCUUCAAAUAUGUGUUACCUACUAAUUUCAUCAGUCACCUAAUGGGAAUAUUAUGGUAUACAUGGAUAUCAUAAGUGUUUGAAAACUCGUAUCGUCUGAAAUAUGAAGGAGCUGAAAAUCUGGGAUAAUUAAAUCAACA